AUGAUUGAUACGCACUUUAUCAUUUUCUUCAAUUCCCCACCGCUCCUUUCUCCGUUCGAACUUGGCUUUGACCUUCCGGCUGAAGAUGCCGGGGUAGAUAUCUCGGACACUUCGACUUGGGAGGAAUGGAUCACAAACGAAAGGAAGUAUCAGCGACCUCCGCCUUUGAAUCGAUUUAUCCAAGAGCUUUUAUCCGACAACUGGGCUGGAAAGGAAGACACGCGCUUCCAGAAUUUGAACAUAUUUGCUCUGUUCAUCGUUAUAUCAAGACGGAUGAUCAAGUCAGUCAAAUUGAAAGAGCUCUUUCGCGAUGGCUAG